GGGGCGGGGAGGGGCCUCUCGCGGCCGCCGCCGCCAGGGCGCGUGCGCUGCGCCGGCGCGGGCCGAGGCGGCACCUGCGGGCAGGUGGGCGGCGGCGCGGAGGGAGUGACUGUUAUGCUGGAGGAAGGUGUGUUCCCUGGACAGUCCUGGAGACAGAAGCACUAAUUUCUAGAGCAGAUUGCCUUGGUACUGCACCUGUCCUGCUGCAAUGAGUGGGAAGUCCUUGCUCUUAAAGGUCAUUCUCCUUGGGGAUGGUGGAGUUGGGAAGAGUUCCCUCAUGAACCGGUACGUCACCAACAAGUUUGACUCGCAGGCGUUUCACACGAUCGGCGUGGAGUUCUUAAACCGGGACCUGGAGGUGGAUGGACGUUUCGUGACCCUCCAGAUUUGGGACACUGCAGGACAGGAGAGAUUCAAGAGCCUGCGAACACCCUUUUACAGGGGAGCGGACUGCUGCCUGCUGACCUUCAGCGUGGAUGACCGGCAGAGCUUUGAGAACCUCAGUAACUGGCAGAAGGAGUUCAUCCAUUAUGCUGACGUGAAGGACCCUGAACACUUCCCAUUCGUAGUCCUGGGCAACAAGAUUGACAAACUUGAGAGACAAGUGAGCACGGAGGAGGCCCAGACCUGGUGCAUUGAAAAUGGUAACUAUCCGUACCUGGAGACUAGUGCCAAGGAUGACACCAAUGUGGCCGUGGCCUUCGAGGAGGCCGUGCGACAGGUGCUGGCAGUAGAGGAGCAGCUGGAGCACUGCAUGCUGGGCCACACCAUUGACCUGCACUCCAGCUCCAAAUCGGGGUCUUCAUGCUGUUAAGAGUGGCUUCUGCUUUGGGAAUGUCACUCGAGCUGGCAGCUGCAUCUGAACAAGCAUGGGCAGCUCUGGGGCUUUCUGAGGAGUGACCACGAGGACAAUAGGUGCUUUGCUCACCUGGGGAAUUGCAGCUGCACCAUCUGAAUUCUGGCUGGAGUUUUUGGGCACAGAGCAUGUACCUGCAGGAGGGAGCUGUUAAAAGAGCACGUGAGCAUAGUCCUGCUUCCAUCUCUGCCUGUUUUAGCAGGUUUAAAGGACUAGGUUAAAGUCCUUUAAAUUCUCUAAAGACAGUAGUGAUCUAAUCUGUACCAAGAACUGCCUGCAGAACAAAGUUGAGAGUGCUCUAGACAUUCUUUGGAGUAUUUUAGUCCUGAACUCAAAAAAAAUAUACUAGACCCACUAAACUCAUGACCUUACUGCCAAAGGAAAGUCUGCCCAGCAUACUGAACAAAACCUGUUGUAGAGACUUUAGCCCAUGCGACUGUGAGAAUGCUAAAUACCUGAGUGGCUGAGAUGUACGUAUCUGUUGUUUGGGAUAAGUGCACUGUUCCCUGAGACUGAGUGGUGCUGAGAAUUGUUAGAGCUCUGACCUGAAGCAACAUAUGAAGGAGGGAUGGACCACUGUUUGAAUGUGGCAGCAUCACUUCUCUGUAGCUGCCUGUCUCUGGUCUGGUUUUCUAACUUCAUCUUGUAUGAGUGUUACUGUGUGGAGGGACUGUCUGCUUCUUGUUUAGUAUGUUUCCUUGUCUCUUGUGGAGGCUCAACACUGAAUCUCACUCAUACUUUGAAGACCUGGAUGGAAACUAUUAUAUGGACACUUGCUGGGCCCUGUCAAAGGGUUUAGGGUUACUCAGGAUUUCAGGAGAUCUGGAGCAUGGAGCUUCAGCUUGUUUCUGUCACAAGUAAUUGCCAUGUCCAGAUGAUGUGCUCCAGCAGACCAGAUGGUAGGUUGGUGGGAUGUCUCCCAGGUGUGCGUGUGGCUAGAGGAGUCACACGUGGUCAGCUGUUAAAUCCACUCAGUUUGCGAGGCUGGUGACCACUGUGCUUCAUUAGCUGGCGGAUCAGUGUCUUCAGUUGCUUCAGCAGUGACGUUCCCGUCUGGAUGCUGCAAGAUAGAACCAUUCCCAUUAUUCCCUGUUGUGUCAGCUGCAGUGCUGCUGAACACAGUUGGCUCAUGCCAUUGUCCUGGUCCUUACUGCCUGAUGGGGAAUGUGGUACGUUUUACCUGUAAUUCACAUGACAGGUUUUACUGGUAGAGGGUGUCCACUCAAUUAACUGGCCUUUGUUAAUGACAGCUGUGCUCAGUCCACUGGGGAGAGAGCCCCACUGGUUCCACCUCUGCUCAAAGUGGCUGAAAAAUGGCAUUGAAGGGGGCAAGGAACCUUCCAGAAAAGGACACAAGGCUUUGCUGAUCCCAGCCCCCUGCUAGGUGUUCGUCCCAAGCUAUCUGCGUAGCAAAGAGAAGAGUGCUUGCUCACUGCUGUCUUUACCAUUAUAACCUCAUGUCCUGCAACCUCCCGUGCAAGCGUUUGUCCAAAACGAUGACUUUGCCCAUCAGCACACAGGAGCCUGCCGCGGGGAGAGCUUCCCUGGGUACGUAUCCGCUAGCUGCUGCAUGCCAUUCCCACUGUGAUGGGCUACUGGAUGGUCAAUUCCGUAGCUCAAAUUGAGCAGCCUCACGCUGCGCUGUAGAGCAGGGCGCUCUCUGCCCUCGUGCUGGCUGGCAGCAGCUGAUCCCCGUUGCCAAGCAGGCUCUGAGCACGCAGGGAGUCUCCUGGGGGACCUCAGGGUGAUCCUGUCCUCUGCAGGGCAGCCGUGUGUGGAAGGGACUGAAGCUUUAAUGCAAAGUGCUUUAGAGGGGUCUGAUUUCCAGACAGGGCUGAAGACUCAUGUUCACAGGGGUAGAUAGGGAGUGCUCGCAGUCUCUGGAAAACCAGGUCCCUUGAGGUGUAAGAGAAAGCUGUGCCUCUGUAGGUGCAAUAGAUUUUUACAGGAUAUUAUUGUUACUGUUUUUCGAUGUCUGACCUCCCCAGGACUCUAGAUUUUUCUUCAGUUUAAUAUUGCUUGAUAUUUCAAGAUCCCAGAUGCUGUGACCCGUGUUCUGAUUUACGUCUCCAAACAGACACGUUUCCCCGGACCUGGUUUGUGCAGAAGCCCAGAGUCAGAACAGGCCCAGGCCCUUGUGAGCUGCGCAGCCCUGUCAGAGGGCAGCAAAACUGCUGCUUGCCCAGCGUGGAUCUCAUGGGAUCUGUGUGCGAACUGGUACGUCCUGUGGGGGCGGGCAGAGGCUGAACAAGCCACGGUGUAGGAGUCAGGGAUGCAGCACGCUGUUCACGGUACCCCGGGUGUGUGUUGAUGCUGAUAGCUGAAGCUUGGUGUCAUUGUGCACAGGCUGUGCAGACAGUGUAUAUUGCCAGGGGGUGUUACAGAGCAUCUUUCAUUCCUAACAGACAUCGGUUCAUUGACUUUUUUUUAAGAAAAACCUAUUUUGUUAGGCUUGUGUGUUUCAAAAAUCCAUUAACAAAGUAUAGUAUAAUAUAUUUAAAUUGUUUAAUUUAUUGUAAAUGAUACGCACAAUUUCCAAAGGAAUCAGGAUUUUCAGCUCUUUGUUGCAAAGUUCCAUGCGAACAGCCAUCCCUUACUUGUGUCCACUCAUGCUGCUGCGGUUGUUGCUAUUGCUACAGAACUAGCAUUGUAAAACCAAGAUUCUACCUUUGUUUAAGCAAAUAAAACAUGGAUGUAUUCACCUGAA